CAGACUGCAGUUGGUUCUCGCUGACUCGCUCCACCGAGGAGGACCCGUGCGAAGAGAAAAUGCACCUGUUGCUGCUGUUCUUCCUCCUCUGCUGGCUUGCAGAAUCUGCCAUCACUGGCCCAAAAGCAAUGAGGAGCCUAGAGGGGGGCUCGUUGACUGUGCAGUGUCGAUACAGCCCUGGGUUGGAGACCCACGUGAAGUGGUGGUGCCGAGGAGCUGCUUGGCGCAGCUGCAAUUUCGUUGUUAAAACCACUGGAGCAGAGAAGGAGGUGAAGAAGGACCGCGCGUCCAUCAGGGACAAUUGGAAAAACCGCACCAUCACUGUGACCAUGGAGAAGCUCAGGCUAAACGAUGCAGACACUUACUGGUGUGGGAUUGAGAGAUUUGGAACUGACGAUGGGGUCCAAGUUAAAGUGACCAUUGACCCAGCACCAACUGCAGUGCCGGCCACCACUCCUGCCACCUCUGCUAUCAACACGUUCACAGCGCCAGUCAGCUUGGAAGAGACCAGUGGCUCCCCGGCUGUGACCAGCCCCGGCUCCAACAGCGGCGGUGUCUUCCUGAAGGUCACCAUCCUCUUGCCCCUCAUCUCUGCUGUGUUGCUUCUUCUCUUGAUGGUGGCCUCACUUGUGGUUUGGAGAAUGGUGAAACAACAGAAGAAAGCUGCUGGGAUAUCCCCAGAGCAGGUGCUUCAGCCCCUGGAGGGCAUCAGCUAUGCAAACCUGAGCCUGCAGCAGACCGAAAACUCUGGGUCCUCCCGGAAGAAGGCUUCCAGGAGGUCCUCUUCCUCCGCCCAGGCCAACGCAGGGGAAGUGCAGUAUGUCACCAUGGCUCCCUUUCCCAGGGAGGACAUUGCCUAUGCAGCUCUGUCUUUGGAAACCUCAGAUCAAGAGCCAACCUAUAACAACAUGGGGUACCUCAUCACCCACAUUCCCAGCAGGAGCCACGAGGAGCUCACGGAAUACAGCACCAUCAGGAAGCCUUAGCCUGUGCUCCAGGGGCGCCUCUCAGACCCACUCGAGGCCUCUGAGUACAUUCCUGCUUCAUCUGCUUUCUGCCUGCCCCUCAGUCCCCUCAUGGGACCAGCCAGUUACUGAGGCCUCUGCCUGAUGCAGCCAGCAUCAUGGCCAGCUAUGGUUUGGGCUCGGGGCCUAUUCUCACGGAGCUUCUGGGAGUUAGACAGGGGUCUUUCCACAUCCCUUUCUCUCCCACACAGCUUGGGAGGGGGCUAGGGAUAUACUCUGGAGCUGCUGAGGGAGCAAUCACAAUGAUAACGAUAAUAAUAGUAAUUCACGUUUAUUUAUUGCUUAUCAUGAGUGGUGGACUGAAUAACGGUCCUAAAAGUUAUUGGCAUCUGAACCCUCAGAACCUGUGAAUGUUACCUUCUGUGGCAUAAGGGACUGUGCAGAUGUAACAGAGCUGAGGGUUUGUGGAUGGGGAGAUUAUUCUGGAUUAUCCAGCUGGGCCCUGAAUACAAGCUCAAGGGUUCUUACAGGAGGGAGGCAAGAAGGUCACAGAGGAGAAGACAGUGUGAUGGUGGGAGCAGAGGUCGGAGUGAUGCAGCCAGGAUUCACAGAACCCCGCAGCCUCUAGGAGCUGAAGAGGCAGGAACGGAUCCUCCCCAGAGCCUCCAGAAGGAACCAGCCCGGCUGCCAACUUGACUUUAGCGCAGCUGAUUUCAUACUUCUGGCCUCCAGAAUUGUAGGAGAAUAAAUUUGUAUUGUGUUAAUGAA